AUGGCGCCCUCGAACACCGGGAUCAGCAUUCCGAACGACGCGGGGCUCGUGGGCGGGGGGAGUGCUAUGGCGACGGACGACCCGUCGUGGGCGGGGAAUGGGAGCGCGAAUGGCGGGGCGCGCUCGCCCCCACCCCGCGACCCACCGCGCCGCUCGAGCAGGAGCAGGAGCCCCGGCGCUCAUAGGGAGAAGAAUGAUAGAGGUGGACGCGGGGAUGGGCAACACAACCCGGGCAACAACCUCCACGUUUCCGGCUUGAGCCACCGUGUUGAUACGCGCGACCUCGAGGCCGCUUUCGCUAAAAUUGGACGGGUUCAAAAGGCGUCUGUGAUGUACGAUCCGCACACCCGCGAGUCGCGCGGGUUCGGGUUCGUCACGAUGGAGACGGCAGAAGAGGCCGACGCCGCCAUCACCGCGCUCAACGCGACCGACCUCAUGGGCAAGGUCAUGAAUGUAGAAAAGGCCCGCCGCGGUCGUGCUAGGACCCCGACCCCCGGCCGAUACUACGGCCCCCCCAAGCGCUUCGACGACGGUCCAGCGGUAGAGCGCCCCUACGACCCACGGCCGUACGACAGCCGCUACUCGCGCGACGCCGAGCCCGACCGCCGAGGCGGACGUGGACGGCACGACGACUAUCGGCGCGACGCUCGGGAUGGAAGGGAUGGCAGGGACUAUGAUCGGGGGGGAUAUCGGGAUUAUGACCGUGGUGACAGAGGCGAGAGAGGUGGGGACAGAGGUGACAGAGGGGGUUACGGCGGGAGGCAUGAUGACAGGGAGAGGAGGUAUGAUGAUAGAAGGUACUGA